GUUGUUGGCACCAGGCUACACCGAGACUCACUACACCACGGAUGGACACCCCGUGAUGGUGACCCCCAACCACACGGACCACUGUAACUACCAUGGGUAUGUCCGGGGCUACAGCGGCUCUUGGGUUGUCCUCAGCACCUGCUUGGGAAUGCGGGGCCUGAUAGUGCUGAGCAGCAACACCAGCUACUACUUGAAACCCCUGGGGACCCCUGAGAUGGGCCACCAUGUCAUCCACCGAGCAGAGCACUUGCCCAUCCGAGGUGGGACCUGUGGCCAUGGUGACGAUUUCGGGAGCACCAUUGCUGACAUCGCUCAGCUCUUCCAGCCAGUGCACCACCGGGCGAAAAGAGAUGCCUGGAGGACCAUGAAGUACAUGGAGCUCUUCAUCGUUGCUGAUCACACACUGUACAGGAACCAGAACCUCAACCUGGGCCACACCAAGCAGCGCAUCGUGGAGAUUGCAAACUACGUGGACAAGUUUUACAGGUCGCUGAAUAUCAAGGUGGCCCUGAUUGGUCUGGAGGUGUGGACGGAGCGGGACCAGUGCGCUGUCACCAGCGAUGCCAACGCCACGCUAUGGGCCUUCCUGCAGUGGAAGAAGGCGCUGAGGUCACGCAAGAAGCAUGACAACGCCCAGCUGCUGACAGGGAAGACGUUCAGGGGGACAACCAUCGGCAUGGCCCCGCUGGAGGGAAUGUGCAGUGCAGAUAACUCUGGAGGUGUCAGCGUGGACCACUCGGAACAGCCCAUUGGAGCAGCUGCCACGAUGGCCCAUGAAAUUGGCCACAAUUUUGGCAUGAGCCACGACAGCGUGGGCUGCUGUGUGGAGGCCACCCCGGAGCAAGGUGGCUGUGUCAUGGCAGGAGCCACUGGACACCCCUUCCCUCGCGUCUUCAGCUCCUGCAGCAAGAGGCAACUGGAGAGCUACUUCCAGAAGGGAGGUGGCAUGUGUCUCUUCAACCUGCCUGACACCAAGGAUCUCGUGGUGGGACGGAAAUGUGGCAAUGGCUUUCUGGAGGAAGGAGAAGACUGUGACUGCGGGGAGGUGGAGGAGUGCACCAACCCAUGUUGCAAUGCACACAACUGCACGCUGAAGGUGGGGGCCCAAUGUGCCCACGGUGACUGCUGCCAGAACUGCAAGGUGAGGGUGGCUGGGACGAUCUGCAGGGAAGCAGCAGGAUCCUGUGACCUCCCUGAAUACUGCACAGGUGCCUCACCCUACUGCCCAGCCAACGUGUACCUGCUGGAUGGCUCCUCCUGUGCCUACGGCGAGGCUUACUGCAACAACGGCAUGUGCAUGACCCACCACCAGCAGUGUGUCCAGCUCUGGGGACCAG